CCAAGAUCCCCGCUUCGAUUAAUUGCGUGCUCGAGACCCUGGAAUUCAAUAACCGUCCGACAUCCGCGACCAUAUUAAUAUUAUCUCCCUCCCACAUUUCAAACACAACCAUCGAAAUACUCUCAAAGCCGCAGUGGUCGCUUGCGCUGACAUCACCAACAUCUUCGCUUAUCGCGACUCGUGCCGAGACGCGCACAGUUGCGCGCAUCCGGGGAAACUGCUUUCGCAUCGAAGAUAAGAGAUGGCACCGGCUAUGUCGACUUUAUCAGAUGAGGGAUCGCUUUCGCGAGAGCGACAGCAUGUACAAGAUGAGAACGAUGUGGCAGUACCUUCGAGCCCGCUACUAGAGUCGAGAUCAAGAUCACCAGCUGGGUUGAGGGCGAAACUGGGCUUGGGCGGUGUUGCGAGAAGAACCCUUGGCUUUGCGCUGUUAUUGCUGACCGUGUUCCUAUGGACAUUAUACAAUUUCAUCGCCAGUGUAGGAGCAUCAAAACGGUAGCCUUCAUGUUCAAGCUAACAUAUGUUUUUAGUACAUGUUCUCUGAUCAAACCUACAACAAGCCUUUCUUCAUCGUUUACCUCAACACCUCGAUAUUCGCUAUCUCCUUAAUACCCAAGUUCUUCAAAUACCUACGGAAGCAUGGAAUCAGUGGAAUGCGACAUGAUGCGACGCAAUUAUGGUCUGAUUACAAGCAUGGCAGAAUAAAUACGAAGUCACUCUAUCAAUCCGAGGACGAACAGGCAACCGAGCGCUUGAUAUCGCAAGGAUACGGAAGCACCGAAACCGCAGCCUCCGAAGAGAAGCUGACAUUCAAGGAGACUGCCGUUUUGAGCUUCGAGUUCUGCAUGCUGUGGUUCUCAGCGAACUACUUUGCAUCAGCUUGUCUCGAAUACACAAGCGUCGCGAGCGUUACGAUCCUGACAUCCACGAGUAGUGUCUGGACUCUUAUCUUCUGCUCCCUAUUCGGAAUCGAGCGGUUCUCGACAGCCAAGAUCUUAGGUGUAGGAGCUUCUCUAGCAGGAGUGAUUCUUAUCUCGACUGUGGAUUUGUCCGGCAAAAGCGAUGAGGAUAGAGGGUCGUUCCCGCACAAGUCACCUACACAAAUCGCGGUUGGAGAUUCAAUGGCGCUUCUGAGUGCUGUUAUUUAUGGUCUUUAUGUGACGGUGAUGAAGCGCAAGGUUCCAAAUGAGGACAAGGUCGAUAUGCAGCUGUUCUUCGGGCUUGUUGGUGUUUUCAACGUGGUUCUCCUUUGGCCCAUCUUCUUCAUCUUGCAUUGGACAGGCUUGGAACCGGUGAGUUUUGUUCCGAGCCGUGGUGUGAUUGUGAGCUAACCGUGGCCAGUUUGAACUACCACCUAGUAGCACACUUUGGGGCAUCAUUAUUUUCAAUGCGGUGUCUUCCUUCAUCAGCGAUAUUUCAUGGGCCCUCGCUCUGCUCAUGACGACACCCCUUGUGGUGACAGUUGGCUUAUCUCUCACAAUACCCCUAUCUUUGAUUGGCGAGAUCUUGCAAUAUCAGCAAUAUUCGAGUUUUACCUAUUGGGUUGGUGCUGCAGUUGUUUUUGUUUCAUUUAUUGUGGUCAGCCGAGAGAGUCACGAUGGGGAGGAGCCCAAGAAGGAUGACGACUUGGAGAGAUCGGUGGGAGUUUAAGUGUACGGGUCAUGACGAUAACGAAAUGCACGAGCUUACGGACUUUUGAGGCGUUUGGGUUGCUUUCAACAGCAAGUUACGGAACAGCAGGGACAAGUUAUGCACAGGAUGCAAGGCGUUUCAACCGCAAGAUAUGGCUACAUGAACAGUUCAGUCAUAGAGAUAAGGAGUUAAGGACUUAAUUUAGAAUGUUAGAUUUCCCGAUGUAGAAAAUUGCAGGAAAUAAGUCUUGAUCGUGCAGGGUCUUGAGGGUCCUGUGGUUCUGGACCCUGAACUUCUCACUUAUACUCUCGAUCUUGGGCCAUGUACGAUGAUCUGUGAGGAUCGAAUCGAAAGUUUGGGCGGGACCAUGCGCCUCGGGACCGGGGUUCGGAUCGGGGAAGGGUUUGAGGCAGCCGGGUCUAAAGAUGAGAUGGCCAAUUGUACAGAGUACUGCAUUUUGGGAAGGAUGUCACUUAGACAUGGAAGCUGUGGGAAAUCGUAUCAUGUUUGGUGAUGGCUGAUGUUUUCGUCUAAUUCUUUACUUUUGCAAUAAUUGACAGCUCAGCAGUACUCGUAAUAGUAGUAUACGUGGACAUAUUUGCUUCUUUGAAGCUGAAAGACCCUGAAAUAUAAUCAAAACUCAUAUCGAC